AUGUCAGUCACUUCACCGACAGCCAAUCGUGUGGCAAUAGGGAAAAGCACCCACAUGAUCGGCAUCCGUAAUGGAAAACCUAGAUACAUACGUAACUGUAGCACAUUUUACAGUGAAAUAAAGAGAGAAUCGGGGAAGAAGGUAGCGCGUGAGCGAACAGAAACUGCACCACCAGCUAUCGAUUAUCACGAUGAUGACGUAAUCAAAAAAUUGGGUUUAAGGAAAUAUAGUAGUCUGUUGAAAUCAGCUCAUCGCAUGAGAUCCGAAAGAUUAUCAAUGCUGUCGGAAGAUUGGUGGAACCAAGAAUAUUCAGACAGUGAUUCAGACAUUGGAGAGGAAGGUUCGAAAUCUUGGGACUAUGACCCUAAAAAGCAUUACAAGUGCCUAUGCGGAACCUUGGGUGUUGUUCCGUGUUCUGCCUUUCUCCGCCAGAUGGACAGCACCACAAUGAACCUUUCUCAUAGUUACAUCUCGGAACGCGAUAUCCGGAUAAUGAGCCAUUUUCUGAUGAACAACACUACCAUACUGCGGCUGGACGUAUCCGGAAAUGAUGUUGGACUGAAAGGGUCGCUAAGUCUGGCCGACGCUAUUCGCGAAAACGUCUUUAUAACUGAUAUUAACUUGACAAGCACGAAUCUCGAGGCUACGGGAAUACAUGCUCUGAUCAGCGCCCUACUUAUAAACAGAACAGUUACCAAACUCAAUCUUUCUGGUAACAAAUUAGACCAUCGACACAUCUCGGAUCUAGUUCGGCUGAUCGAGGAAAAUGACUACAUCGUUGACCUGGAUCUCUCCCACAAUGAGCUGGACGAGCUGGCGGCGUGUAAAUUAGCCCCUGCAAUAGCCAGGAAUGUUUCACUGAAGAGAUUGGUUCUUGGGUGGAACCACUUCCGGCGAACUGGGGCCACCUCAAUAGUCAAGGCCAUAUGUAACAACGUUGAGCUACUGGAUGUGGAUCUGUCCUGGAAUGGAUUAGGGGAGGAUGGAUGCCGGGCAUUCAGAACCUAUCUGGGAGACAAUCAUACCUUGGUAUCACUGGACAUAUCCAACAAUCGGAUAGCUUUCCAUUCUCUCGGGUAUUUUAUCGAAGGUCUGGUUAAGAAUGACACCUUAAGAACUCUAAAGAUGCAUGGCAACCCCAUUACAACAGAAGGUGCCGAGGCUUUAUGUAUAGCCUUGCAACACUGCCAAACUACAUCCUUGACCAAGAUUGACAUUCAUGACACACCUGUCGACGAAAACCUAUGCAAGGCUAAACGCGAUCUACAGGCUGUCCAUGAUAUCAUUGUCAUCCACCGUGAGCCAGUGGGUCACAGAUUCUCACCCAUUACGGUGCGGAUAGAACACCAGGACUACGACCCUGUCAUUGUAUUGUUUGAGUAUAUGAAGCGUGAAAACUUGCGACUGAUUGACCUUUUCAGGAACUUUGACCGAGAUCAGAAUAAUGCAAUCUCCCGAGAGGAGUUCCGGGAGGGUUUUCUUAUGAUGAACAUCACUCUAUCCGAAGAUGGUCUAGACCAUCUGUUUAAGAAAAUGGACAAAGACAAAAACACCAAUGUUGAUCUUCAUGAAUUAAUCGCAAGCAGGCGGGAAGCAACACGACGACAACUAAAGACAACAAAUAAUAUUAUAGCGGAAGAACGAUACAAUGAAAUGGUAACCGAUAUUCGAUCCAUGCUCGCUAAAGGCAAGAGUACUUCUGCAAAUAAAGAACCAUCCCCUAGGCUCGAACAAGCACUUCCGGUCCAACAGAAAUUUCCAGCAAAGCGGAAAGUGUGA